GCUGUGACCGGUAUAAGAGCGGAGGGGGCGGCGGCGGAGCGGCUCACUCGGUGCCGGUGCCCGGGGUUUGUAGUGACCGAGCCCCUCCCGCCGGGGCUACCGACGGCUAAGACGUGCUAAUACCAUCAUCGCCGUCUCCUCCUCGCCCUCCUCCUCCUCCUAACAACAACUCCACCCACCGCCCAGUUUCCCUGGAAAGACUAAACCCCCAAGAUGGCAGAUGAGACAAACACCAGGGAUUGCAUGUCCUUCAGUGUGCUGAACUGGGAUCAGGUCAGUCGGUUGAAUGAAGUUUUGACUGAGGUUGUACCAAUCCACGGACGGGGCAACUUCCCCACCCUGAAGAUCACACUGAAGGAUAUUGUUCAGACUGUCCGCAGCAGGCUGGAGGAGGCAGGAAUCAAGGUGCAGGAUGUUCGACUGAAUGGCUCUGCAGCUGGUCACGUCUUGGUCAAAGACAAUGGCUUGGGUUGUAAAGACCUGGACCUAAUUUUUCAUGUGGCUCUUCCAACAGAGGCAGAGUUUCAGCUUGUUCGAGAUGUCGUUCUGUGUUCUCUUCUGAACUUCUUGCCAGAGGGAGUCAACAAGCUAAAAAUCAGUCCAGUGACUCUUAAGGAGGCCUAUGUCCAGAAGCUGGUAAAGGUCUGCACGGACACUGACCGUUGGAGCCUGAUCUCCCUCUCCAAUAAGAAUGGAAGGAAUGUGGAACUCAAGUUUGUAGAUUCCAUUCGCCGUCAGUUUGAAUUUAGCGUGGACUCCUUCCAAAUCAUUCUGGACUCUUUGCUUUUGUACUAUGACUGUUCAAGCAAUCCCAUGUCUGAACACUUCCACCCCACUGUGAUUGGGGAGAGUGUGUAUGGCGACUUUGAGGCAGCCUUUGACCACCUCCAGAACAGACUGAUUGCUACCAAGAACCCAGAAGAAAUCAGGGGCGGGGGACUCCUGAAGUAUAGUAACCUUCUGGUACGGGAUUUCAGACCCACAGACCAAGAAGAAAUCAAGACCUUGGAGCGUUACAUGUGUUCCAGGUUCUUCAUCGACUUUCCAGACAUUCUGGAGCAACAGAGGAAGUUGGAGACCUACCUCCAGAACCACUUCGCUGAAGAGGAGAGAAGCAAGUACGACUACCUCAUGAUCCUUCGCCGGGUCGUGAACGAGAGCACUGUGUGUCUCAUGGGACACGAACGGAGGCAGACCCUCAACCUCAUCUCCCUCCUGGCCCUGCGUGUGCUGGCGGAGCAGAACAUCAUCCCGAACGCCACCAACGUCACUUGUUACUACCAGCCCGCUCCCUACGUCAGUGAUGGCAACUUCAACAACUACUAUGUUGCUAACACUCCAAUGCCCUACAGCCAGCCAUAUCCCACCUGGCUGCCCUGUAACUAACUAAUCUCUUGACUUGAGGAUUUCUGAAAAGGAAACCUCAAAAGGGCAAGGGCUUUCAGGAGGUAGGGGAGCCUUUCUAGAUGCAGGUGUUUGGCUUUUAAAGGGGAACUCAGCUCUGAUUCUGCUUAUUUUCUUUGUGUACCCAUCGAAUGGGUCUACAGUCUAGCAUGAGAAAACUUUUUAAAGGGACCCUUAUUACAGUGCCACUUUGGAAACUGACCUGUCCGAAACACACUUAACACUUUAUGGUCCUGAACCUUACGAACUUGUGGAUUUGAGCCCCGUUGCAGUGCAGUUAUUUAGAAUGGGAAAUAACUUGGGCAGUGUAUGAGAAGCCUUAAGCCAACUUGUCUUCUCACUUCAAUCUUGCAUCUAAACUAGGCUGUGUUUUAGCCCUUGUCCAGAGUCCUUAGCAGCUAAGGCUUGGGCAGAAUCGUUUUUCUUGAAUCCAUGCCGAAUGACAAAGGUGUGAGGGUCUUCUUGGGUGCUUUUGUUCUUGUUCCAAGGGGAUUUUGAGUAAAGGCCAAAAUUGCUUAUGUUUGCUGACUUAUCCCCUUUCAGCAGAGCUGAAGGUUUCCUUCCUCAAUUAAACCAAAGCCAACAGCUUCAGAAUUGAGGCCUGGUUAGAAGUGGCAUAUGUGGCUUUAGAUGCUGUGCUAUCCCAAAGAAUUCUGAGAGGUUACUGCUAAAGCAUGACCUAAAAGGUUUCUUGGAAAUGUAACUCAAAAACAAAAUAAAAUGUAAGACAAUGUUAAAGUAGAAAAAAAUUGGUGGUGGUGGGUGAUGGUUGUGACUAGAGAAUUAAUGUUCAAAUGACACUUUCUUUAAGGCAUUCUUAAUGAAUGGAAUUUUUGGUUGUUUUCCCCAUUCAGUCUUUUUUUUCCCCCAUGGCUGACUUGCUUUUUGUUGUUCUGUUUUUAAGACUUAAGUUGGGCAGUCAUUUCAUUUUCUUACUACGAUGACCUAUGCAGACUUCUUCAUGUCUGUCUCGUAGUAGUAAGAUGCGAUGCCCCUUUUGGUCUCAUUGCCAAAUAUGACAACUUAGUUUCUCUGUUUGAAAUAUGUUGAGUGCUAAUGUUUUGUUCUGUUUUUUGUUCCUCAAAAAGAUUUUAGUAGUGUAACUACUUCCCUGACUUUCUGUUCACAACAAAUGAAUUCAGGAUGCUUAUUUGAAUAGGAAUUUGGGUCAGUAGGAUAGCUUCAUUUGUAAUUUUAAAUGAUGUGUGGAGAGAUCUUUUUGAAUGGAAUAGGCUGCUUGAAUGAGCUUAUGGCGUCAAGAAAUUGCACUAGAAUUUAGACUGCUAUUCUGAAUCUUUCUCAUGUCUGGAUGAAGGCUUGGCUUAGGAAAAGUCUGGCGUGGAAGGAGUCGAAGCUCCUCAUUUGGAUAAUGUUUUUUGUAAAGGAAGUUGCCAGUUCUCCCAGUUCAUUCUAGUGAAUGAAGAGCUACUGGAUCUUCCUUUGCUGUUUUGUUGUACUUAGUGUUGUAUCCUGCACUUUAGGGAAAGACAGUGUUUAUCUUUACUGAGUGUUCUAGUUGCUUGGCCUGGGUGAGAGUUCCAGGAUUAUGUAGAUUCUUCCCUACAGAGAAGGAAUUUCAUGUUGCAGAUUUUUAUAGGGCCUCCCACUUCAGAGAAACAAUUUUAGUUGACUGGAAAAAUGAUAGCCUCGUUGGCAGAUUUCAAAGGGAUUUAUUCAAAUCCAAGAUCCUGAAUUUGACACUGCUAUGGCCGUAGAAAUCCUGGGCCUUAGCAAAGCUAACUUAAUGAAAGAAUACUUGAAAAUCAAUGACUUCUCUAUCCAAGAGAAAGCUAAGAGAUGUUUGGUGUGCUCUGUCUGGAAUGUUGUGUCUUGGGGCCCUCUUUUCAGGUCAAACAGAUGGGUGAGCUUGGUUUUGUUUUCCCCUUUGGGUGUUGCUCAUAAUGUAUUAACUUUAGAAAGGUGAAUAAAAGGCCACCUUAGCAAUAUAAUUUGCAUUUGCUUCUUUAGAAGACCUUGGAAAAUUAUGUUGAACUCCUUGCUUUUAAAUCUAAGCUAAGUUAUACAGCUGGGCUCUGGUGUGAACGGGAUUGGUUUGAGGUCCUUCAGUAGUAUUUCAGGUGUGACACAGACAGAAUGUGAAUUUAUCGAACCGCUUGAUUGUCUGUGACUGAUGAUAAGCUGUGUUUGGAGGGAUAAUGGUAAUAUGUCUGCACUAAAAUUAUUCACUUGUGGUGGUUGGUUUCUGUUUGCUUGCCAGAUAAGUUUGGGGGUGAGGGUGGUGGGGGAACCUCAGGACAACACCCUUAGCUUAAAUAAUUAAAUUCCCAGUUUGUCCUUUUUGAAAGCUCAUUCUGCUUAUACCUCUUGUUUCUCUCUGGUAUUAAUAUCCUAAUUACAGGGUGGUCUGGGGGGCAGGUGGGGGAGGAGGUAGGAGGACCACUUCUGUUCCCAUAUGCAAACAGUUGCUUUUAUUUCAUCUCCUUAAAUAAUACCAACAUUUUUAGAUUUGUAUUUUAGGUCCUCAAGAAUGUUUGCGGUGUACCACUUUAGAUAAUCUAGUUAACUAUUGUGCUCUAUUUUGUCUCAAAAUAGGAGUCUUGGAGAGACCACAGGGGACAGAAAAGUAUCCAAGCAAGGGUCCCAGAUAACAUUUCUGGAGCUUUUUGCUCCUCUUUGCUCAUCACCUCCCAUAUACACCUUCACUUACAUUCCCUCCCUCCCCCCCUUUGUGGAAUUAUCAUUUUAGCUAAGAUUAUUCUGGUCAAACUUUUUGUAGUUUGCAAGUAGAAGCUUGUUCAGGAGCUAGUAAAACUGCCUCUCCCCCUCCAAGUUAAGCAUGCCAUAUGGCAUAGACUGUUUGGAUAGUGAAGAACAAAACUGGGUCACUAAAACCUAAUCCCUGGCUCGGUUAUAUAGUUUACCUGCUAAGAGAGCCCUUCACCAGCUUAAUGAUAUACCAAGUAACGUCUAAAUUCAGAUGUCUGGACAUUCUACUUAAAAAUGUGCCUUUGGAGACCAUGGAAGUGGUCACUGUGGUCUGCAUUUAUACCAAAUCCGGGAGUUCCUCCUUCUUCUUCUUUUUUUUUUUUCCUAGUGUUGAGUAACAUUGGAAGCUUUGGUGUUCACGAAGGGAAUUAAAAGUUCAAGUAUGAAUUCUAAUCUAAAUUUAAAUAGUGUACCUCAUUUAUGUUGGGUCCCUAAGAUGUCCUUCCCCCCCCUCCCCCUUUUUGCAAACAUGCAGUGUAUUCUUAACUUAUUUCUCAGAAUCAGCUUUGAGUGGUUAGCUGAGAUAAGAAUUGGACCUUUUUCUUCAUAUUGGCAGAGGUAACUGCAUUAAAUUCCUGGGCCUCAAACUUUCAGAUCUCCUUUAUGAUCUUUGGCAGAUAGUAUCCCAUAUUCAAAUUCACUGGUAAACACUUAAAAGAUUUCACAGGAACACCAUCUCAAUCAGUAUAGUUCAUUUAAAUUAGGCAUCUGUGGGGAAACUGGGUAGCUUGUAAGAAGUAGAUUUCCACUAGGGUUGAGGAAAAGAAGAAAUGCUUCUUGGAUCUUGGUACAGAAGCAGUUGGGCAAUUUCCUACUGGAGCAUGAAUUUUCAGACUUAGCUUUCUUCUGAAUCUUUUGCUUCUUAUGGUUACUAUGAUCCAAUGGUCAAAGACCUGAAUUGAAUUUCUUCUUUCUUCUCCAUUGUGGUAACCCCCUCACACCCACACCUAGUCUUUACCUUUAUAGUAGUAGUAUAGUAAUAGUCAUAGUAGUAGCAUUAGUGGUGGGUGAUGGUAAUGGUGGUAGUUAGUUGUAGUAGCAGUAGUUGAAUAGAAUUUUUCUCUAGCCUCACUAUGUUAGAAGUACCACUCAAGGUGUCAGGUUAUUCCCUUCCUUUUAAGCACAAUAAUUCCCUUUUGGCUAGUACCUUCUCUCCCUCCCCUUCCCACCCCCUAUGGGCUAGUCUUUAUUUGGGACCCAAGUUAGAAUCUUUAAACCUUUUCUUCCAUAAUAAGGUAAUGUUAAAACAUAAUUAAAACGUUAUCACAGGGUGGGAGAAAGCAUAUAUUACUAUGAGCCAUUACCAUUCUCAGUGGUUUUCUAUUAACUCUGGACCAGAGAGAAUCCACUGGUAUGUGUAUCAACCUUUCUUAGGUACAAACAUUCUUUUCUUAGAAGUUGAGAGAAGAAACACUCAGAUUUCUAAGCUUAGAGCCAGAUAUCCUUAAGCCGGCAGAGACCAGAACAUCGUAUCUACUCUGGUCAUAGUUGGCUGUGGAACAAAUUCCAAUUCUCCUAAUUAACAUUAAGAGGACCAAAGGAGGCCUGGGAAGAUAUUACGAAAAUUUUUCAGAGUGGUUUAUAGAGCAAAUUAAGAAAAAAAGAAAGGCCAAACCAGAUAUUUCAAGUGCCUAAAUCUUGUUUAUCACUUAUUUUUCUAAUAAUUUAAGUGUAAUAUUAAAAAAUGCCAAAUGUGGUAGUUGGAACAAGGUACAGAGCAGACAUCUUCUCCUGUGUGUGUUUGGGAAGGUUAAAAGACCAUUUACUAAUGAAGUAGAUAAAUUAAAUAAUGUGAAUUUGUGUGGGUUUUCUUUUUGUCUGAAACUUAUUUUAUUUAAAGAUUAAAAAAAACCUAACUUUUUAAAAGUAGGUGUUUUUUUAAAAAAAUUUUUUUUGUUUCCAAAUUAAUAUAUAAAUAGAUGAGGAAAAAAACCCACCUUUUGACUAUUAGGCAAAAUAGGAAAUUCUUUUCAGUUUUCUAAAUUUGCGUAGCAACUAGCCAUUGAAAUUCUUGAUUUGUUAGCCAUUCAAGAUUUAUGGAAAUACUUCUUUGUUAAUGGUCACUAGCCUUCUCAGUCAAUAUGGAUGAAAUCACUUUCUUUUGUCAAUGCAAAAUGUGUUAAAACUUUAUAAAAAAAUAAGCUUUUGAGUUUAUUGAGAAAUAAAGAUAUAUUUUAAA